AUGGGGGUGAUAAUAGCAAUGAAAGGCCAUCCAGGAACUGGAAAAAGCACAUUAGCAAAAUCCAUAGCUUCAUCACUCAAAAUCCCUCUAAUAGACAAAGACGACAUAAAAGACCAAACUAUCCCUCUCCAACUAACCUCACCCGCUUCAUUUCUCAACGACCUAUCAUACAACGCCAUCUGGCAAAUCGCUUCAACUCAACUUUCAAUCGGUCUCAGCGUCGUUCUCGAUUCACCUCUUUCUCGUAGAAUCCAUUUCGAUCGUCUCCGUCAACUUGCGGCUGAGUAUGGUGUUCGGCUUUUGAUUAUUGAGUGUAGGGCGGGAGAUCGUGAUCUGUGGCGACGGAGGGUUGAGGAACGUGAUGGUGGUGGUGGACAUAAGCCGGCGACGUGGGAGGAGUUGGAGAAGAUUGUGGAUGGGUAUGGUGGUUGUAGUGAGUAUGAUGUGGAGGAUGUGGCGAGGUUGGUGGUUGAUACGACUGAGACGGUGAGUUUGGAUCGGUUGUGUUCUGAUGCUUUGGAGUUUAUCUUUGAUCAUGCUGAUAAGUCCCUUGCGAUUUAG